UUCUAUAUAAGCUUCCCAAACCCUGCCCAGACACAUCCAGAGAGCCCUCAGCCUUUAUCCUUACUACUGCUACCUAGUAAACAUCAACAGCUAUGGCCAACAUUGCUCUCCAGGAGGACAGCAUGCCAGCCUUACUGCUGCCCAGGAUGGGCAUGGGUGCCGGUGGAAGGGGAGUUUGCAGAAGUUUAUUUGGCCCCAUCGAUCAUGACGAGCUGAGAUCUGAGUUGAAGAGGCAACUCAAGGAGAUCCAAGCAUCUGACUGUCAACGGUGGAACUUUGAUUUUGAAGCUGGAACACCCCUGAAGGGAACUUUCUGUUGGGAGCCUUUGGAAAGCAAGGAGAUGCCAAUCUUAUACAGGGAGAGCAGACUAUGCCCUGUUAGUGCCACCCCACUGUCCAGGCAAGCAAGCACUAGGCUUCUUGUGCCAACAGUAGAUACCAGAGAGGAGCCACCAGCUGAGAUUGUGCAGGGCAACGAGGAGUGUGCCAAGGAGAACGCAGACAAGGCUGUCAAGAAAUGCCAAGGAGCUAAAGGACCAUCUAAGACGUCAACACACUCCACUUCAUCCCUUCUCAGGAAGAGGGAGAUCAGCACUUCCAUAACUGAUUACUUCCCCAAGAGGAAGAGGCUGCAAGCCCCCAAGACUGACACCCUGAAAGUUGCCCACCAUCCUCUUUGCACUUUGGAGCAGACCCCUAGGAAGAAGAUCAGAUGAUUCACUGGUCUAUUUAAAGAUCAGGAGCUUCAAGACCUCCAACCCUCAACAUGUCCCUUACCACCAGACCAAGGAGUGAAGGGAAGAGGAGGCUGCUGACAGGGCUCCAGUCCCCCCCCCCCCCCAGAAUACUGAGAAUUCUGUCGCUGGAAGUGAUUUGCCAGCCUUGGAUGUGGACUUGUCAAAAUCCGCAGCGGUCGAGGACUUCCUAGUAUUGCACGCACUCUCUCCGCACACUUGGAUGUCUAUACUGGCUAAGAAAGAUUGCCAAGCUGGCAGGGUGGCAUCCAUCUGUCCUGUCUGUCGGUGCUGUGAAUGUAGCAACAACCUACUAUCUAAUACUAUACCUUGGGGGUGGGGGGCAGGUUUAAUUUAGACACCCUUUCAGUUUUCCAGGUCCUGCCAGACCACAAUCCUGUUUGGUUGUUUCCCAGCCAAGUUGUUGGGAGUUGUAGUUGAGCAACAAGGGGGGGACGGGGGACAGGGGGGGACUGCUAAGGGAUGCCAACCCCUGGUUUAGCUUCUGCAAACCAUUAGACCUGUACAGAUGUUUCCUAUGUAGCAUUUGUUUGUAUUGUUUUGCACUGUUUGAUAUAUAUAUUGAUAUAUAUACCACCAUUAUGUACAGCAACUAUGUACCAUAAGAAAGCAUUAAACUAAGUUAUAUAUUUAUAUAACAUGUUGGAAGUACUCCAAUGUUCAGCCAUAAUACUGGCUACUAAACGGUCCUAGAGGUAUACGUAUGUCUCCUUUUGGAGAGAUAAAAGUAUUUUUCCAAUAACUAUGCAUGUACAGUUUUCUAUGUUUUU